AUGACCACCGCGGCAGACAGAGAGAGUAUCCAGCUAGAGCUGGUGCCGAAGCUUAGUGCUGAAGCGGUCCUCCACUGGCCUGAAUCUGACGGAUUCAACAAGUCCAACUUGCGGUUCACUGACUAUGAGCGGCCGACCUACCUGGCGUCCAUCUCACCAGGUUGUGACGACGAUGUGAUCGAGAUCGUCAAGUACGCGAAAAGCAAGGGCGUUCCCUUUGCCCCGCGCUCCGGACACCAUGCCGUCACGACGACGAUGCGACAUCUCAAAAACGGCAUCCUGAUCGACAUGCGAUCGUUGAACAAGCUCAGCUUCGAUGCCGAGAAUCGACAAGUCACGGUCGGGGGUGGUGUGAUCACGGACGAUUUCGUCAAGUUCCUCCAGUCUGUUGGGAUGGAAGUCAACGUGGGAUCUUGCCCGACAACGGGAGUCAUUGGCGUAGCUUUUGGGGCCGGACUGGGUCGGCUCCAGGGCAAGUACGGUUUCUUGCACGACAAUAUGGUGUCUUGCAAGCUAGUUCUCGCCGAUGGCAGCGUUGUGAGGGUCUCAGCAGAGACAAAUCCCGAUUUGUUCUGGGCCAUCCGCGGCGCCGGUCACAACUUUGGUAUUGCGUUGGAGGCAACGUUCCGCGUUUACCCGCAGGCGAAUAAGGGUAUUCACUACACCUGGGAUCUGGAGUACACUGUCGACCAGUGCGACGAUGUCUUCGAGACGCUGAACAGUGUUCAUGAGGAGAUGCCAGCCGAGCUGGCCAUCUUCAUCUUGUGGAUUCGGCAGUCUGAUGGCGGCAGAAAACAUCACAUUCUCGUCAACCUCGUCUGGUCCGGAAAUGAAGCCGAGGCAGAUCCCUGGGUUGCCCGAUUCGAGAAGCUCGAUCCGGUGCUGAACAGCGGCAAGGUCACGACCGAUUGGGCAGACCUCCCUUGGACGACAUACAAAGGACAGAACAAGGUCCUCAGCAAGCCCGAAGUGUGGUCUCUGGCCCCAAACAAGAUGAUGGGCGCAGCCUGCGUCGAGAAGUUCGAUCUCAAGACUACCAAGGCCUUCUUCGAGAGCGUCAAGUCUAUGAACGAGGAGUGGGCUGGGAAGGGCUUCUUCGGAGCCAUGUUUGAGUGUCUGCCGCACCAGAAGGUCAGGGAGCUACCGGAUGAGGCGACAGCUUUCCCCUGGCGCUGGGGGUCGAACCAUUUCUUGAUGUUGAUGGCUACCCCGAUCAAACUGGAGAACAGAGCACCAUUCGAAGCUCAUCUCGACAAGUGGAAGAAGGAAUUCAUCGCCACUUCUGGAUACGGCCGAUUACAGCAAUAUGUCAACUAUGGCAACACGACUUCUACGAUGAAGGAUCCCGCAGAGGCGUUGUACGGUUACGAGCCUUGGAGGUUGGAGAAGUUGCGAGCGUUGAAGAUGAUUUACGAUCCCGAUAAUGUGUUUCGCUGGUACCAGCCAUUGGUGGAAUAA